AUGUCUGAACGGGAUCCAUCCGGUCGCAACGAACGCCCAUUCCUGUAUCCGUGGAAUCGUCGCCUCCGGCAUCUUCAUGGCAUCUCAUUGCGCAAUGUCCAUGUCACUUCAACCAGUCCCAAGGCUAAAGGGAAGACAACUGCCGACGACGAUGCACCCUACAAUCUUGUUUCUCCUGCCAAGCGAGCUCUACAAAACGAUACAACACCCUUACAUCAUUCACGCUCUUUCUCUGACUUGAUUACAUCCGCGGAAAGUCCUCCCAAUCCACUUAGUCGUCAAAAGGCAGCUACAUCAUAUCAAAAGAAUGACACCCCUACGAAAACACGGCCAGAAGGUCGGCUUCGAAGAAGGAGCACUUUACACUGGACCUCUGCCACCCCACAGGCUCGACAGGCCAAGCUAGAGGACAUGGUUGUCAACCGUCUGGCGGACGCAUGGAUAUCAAUUCACGCUCCUGGUGUCGAUGAGCCUAUCUACAUCACUGAGGUGAUUGAACGUUCUAUGAACCCCAGCUUCGCCUCCUUCGAUCUGGACAGCACUGGCCCCUUGAUUUCAAGAUUCGACCAGUGUAUUGUGCGCGCCUGGGCAAGACCUACGAAUGCUGAAGAGUACUGCCUUCUUGUGGAGCUAGACGUCAAUCUGAGGUCUUUGCAAUACAUCGGACGAAAUCUGGAGAAUUUUCAUCAUCCACUGCCGCAAAAUUGUAUUCUACUCCAUCUAUCGGACGGUAUCUACACGAGUUUCACCGAUCUACCGGCGGAUUAUCCAAUCAAUGUCCUGCAGCAUAAGAACCAAGGAGAAAUCUCUUCUCGACCCAGCUCAUCAUUCGAUGCUCUGAUGCAACUUGCCAAUUUGGAUGAAUGCAUACAAGAUGCCGUCAAAGUGCGAUCACAACUGGAAGCAGACAUUAACAAGAUCUUGGAAGAAUCUCGGGAAGGGGAGGGCAAGAAUGACGGUGACACUGCAAUCAUUGAUGUUGAUGAGUCUCAGAUCAAAGCUGCUUUAGCUACCGAGCAGAAGCAAGUGCGUCAACUUAAGAAGCGACGGGACGAGAUGCAGGAAUCUCUAGUCCAACGACGUAAAGCACAUGAUGCGGGUCGAGAAGAUGAGGCCGAGGCUAGGCGUUUGAUCGAAGAAAAGUCCUUGGCCCACAAAGAGGUUGAGGCGGCAAGAAAAGAUAUCGAAAAGGAGUCGAUCGGUCAGAUUCGUCGUAUUUGCGAGUGCUUACUUGUCCUGUUUCCCAUUGAGCCGAUCAAAAGUCGUACGUUGCAGUUCACGAUUCGGGGCAUUCAUCUUCCCAAUUCGGUCUACAAUGACACCAAUCGCGACGAAAUCGCAGCAGCUCUUGGAUUUACCGGUCAAUUGGUGUAUCAAUUAUCGCUAUACCUAUCAGUACCCUUGCCAUACCCCGUUGAGCCUUAUGGAUCUGCUUCAUACAUUACAGAUCCCAUAUCAGUUGGCUUGAGCCAAAGACGAUAUCCACUACAUCCCACCAGCGUACCCUAUAAGUUCGAGUACGGUGUGUUCCUUCUCAACAAGGACAUUGAGUUCCUCAUGAGCAAAUCCGGUCUCAGAGUACUUGAUAUUCGCCACACUUUACCUAACCUCAAAUACUUGCUGUACGUACUCACUGCAGGUACGGGGGAGCUGCCAGCGAGAAAGGCGGGCGGGGUCAGAGGGCUACUGAUGGGUGGUCGGCUGACGCCUGACAUACCACGAAGAACAAGUGAAGAUAGCAUUCGAAGUCAGCCUAUGCUAGUCAAACGGAACUCGACUGAUCUGAGGACGAAAGCGAAUGGAUCACCAAGAGAAAAGGUGGAUGGGACCAUCAAUAACGAUCCAUUUGUGAGUACGUCUCCUAUUCACGGACUUCCUCACCGAUUCCAUAUUCCUAGAAUACAGGAUCAAUGA